AUGGCAGCUCAGAUUGAGGAGUUGUCUAAACUGCAAGCUAAUAAGACUCAAGAGCAGAUUCGUGCUGAUGCCGAAACAGCUAGGAGACUUCAAGACGAAGACGAGGCUAGGAAACGAUUAAGAAAGGAAAUCGAAGAUAAGGAUCAUGAGUUGGCCAAGAAAUGCAAUGAGGAAGAAAAGGCCGCUCAAACGGAAUCCACACCGGCACAAGCCUCUCACUCUAUGAAAACAAGGAACAAGAAUCAGCGUAAGGCAAUUGUGACCUUGAUGAAACAGGUGGAACGAAGCGGUUUAGGAGAGCUUCAACCGGAUGGACAAUUCGAGGAACCUCUAGAUGAAGAAGAAGAGGAAGAUGCUUCACGACUUAACCGGCAAAAGAAGAAAGCAGUUGAAGCAUCAACCACACUUCCGAGCUCUGGUCCGAUCGUUGCCCAAUCAUCUCGCCCACCCAGACUAGUAAGCGGUGGCUUCGGGUUCAACCAGCGAACUCCCGAUAUAUCAAGUGUAUUUACCAUAUGGCAAAUUGACGCAGAAAGAAGGGAAUGGGAAUGGAAGAACUAA